CCUCGCGGGGCCGCGUUGUUGCGGAAGGGGCUGUGACGCGCGCGGGAGGGGCGGAACGCGGUGCUGUAGCGACGGCCGCGGCAGCCAUGGCCAAGCGGUACGACAUGGCGGAGUGUCCCUUCUGCGAUGAGGUCUCUAAGUACGAGAAGCUCGCCAAGAUCGGGCAGGGAACCUUCGGGGAAGUUUUCAAAGCCAAACAUCGUCAGACAGGCAAGAGAGUAGCACUGAAAAAAGUGUUGAUGGAAAAUGAGAAGGAGGGGUUCCCCAUCACAGCCUUGCGAGAGAUUAAAAUCCUCCAGCUGCUCAAACAUGAGAACGUGGUGAACCUCAUAGAAAUCUGCAGGACCAAAGCCUCUCCAUACAACCGCUGCAAGGGCAGCAUCUACCUUGUGUUUGACUUCUGCGAGCACGACCUGGCUGGCCUUCUCAGCAAUGCCCGUGUCAAGUUCACGCUCUCAGAGAUCAAGAAAGUGAUGCAGAUGCUGUUGAACGGCCUUUACUACAUCCACAGGAACAAGAUCUUGCAUCGAGACCUGAAAGCUGCGAAUGUCCUGAUCACGCGGGACGGAGUGCUGAAGCUUGCGGACUUUGGGCUGGCUCGAGCUUUCAGCCUGGCUAAGAACAGCCAGCCAAACCGCUACACCAACCGGGUGGUGACUCUGUGGUAUCGGCCGCCAGAGCUGCUCCUAGGGGAGCGGGACUAUGGUCCCCCCAUUGACCUCUGGGGUGCAGGGUGCAUCAUGGCAGAGAUGUGGACCCGCAGCCCCAUCAUGCAAGGGAACACAGAGCAGCACCAGCUCACCCUCAUCAGCCAGCUCUGCGGAUCCAUCACACCGGAGGCUUGGCCAAAUGUGGGUAAAUACGAGCUGUACCAGAAGCUGGAUCUUCCCAAGGGUCAGAAGCGCAAGGUGAAGGAUUGCCUGAAAGCCUACGUCGGAGACCCCUACGCACUCGACCUCAUCGACAAGCUGCUGGUGCUGGAUCCCGCCCAGCGGAUCGACAGCGAUGAUGCGCUGAACCACGACUUCUUCUGGUCCGACCCCAUGCCCUCGGACCUCAAAAACAUGCUGUCCACCCUCAACCAGUCCAUGUUCGAGUACCUGGCCCCAGCGCACAGGAGGGGUGGGCACAUGCCCCAGCAGCCAUUCCAAGGCAGGAACCCGGCCGCCACCAACCAGACUGAAUUCGACCGAGUGUUUUGAGUGGGGGCUUCCCCAGCGGGGUCCCAGCUGGGCUACUGCGCAGGCUGCGUUCAGCGGGGAUGUCCUGGCAAGGUCUUUCUGUCUGGGAAAGGACUUUCUUCAAGGCGAAGCGCCUGCUGGCUUUAACUCGGCUCUGACAUCUCGUGCGGCAGCUCAGCCACCACGGAGCUGCUACAGAAGCCCUGCCGCUUUGACUACGCUGUCUUCUGCCCCAACUUCACGGAGGUGCCCGUGGCCAGCAAUGCAGACCAGCAAAACUUCAACGUGACACUGGAGAGCUCGCUGACCCGCUGCCUGGAGAACCAGCAGACGUGGACCCGGCUGCUGGAGGAAAAGGAGGGGCAGGACCCCUGGCUCCCAGCCCCCCUGCAGCCAGCCCCUGCCCGAGGACCCCUGCUCCUGGUCCCCCCAGCCCCGAGACCCCUCAGUUCCCCAGCCCUCGUGUUCCCCUGCCUGGCCCAGGCACUGAGGCGGGUGGCACAGGGCCGGGACCCUUGGCUGGCAGCGCCUACCGCCGUGGGGGCUCACCCCCACCCCGCCGCCAGCAGAGGGGCUGUGCUGCUGCGGGAGGCGGCCGCCAUCCACGUCCUGGUCACCGGCAGCCUGCACUUGGUGGGGGGGGUCCUUCGGCUGCUGGACCCCGCGCUCUCCCAGUAACGGGGGUGCGCAGGGCUUUGCACCUCUUUUUACUUGAAGCGCCGGUUCUGCCCCAGAUGGUGCUCGGAGGUGGCUGGGGGGGCACGUGGGACCCCCAGACCCUUCCCGGCUCAUCCCUUUUCACCCCAGUGCCUUUUGCCUGUGCCCCCCGCAGGGGGGACACUGGCCAUGGGGGAGCUGCUCCCUGCCCCCAGCCCACGUUGGUGGGACUGGCUGGGGGGGCCCUGGCCUCUGGGGGGGCUGCCCCAGGCUGUGCCAGGGUCCAGGCGCCCAGGGGCGUAGAGGGAGUUUUGAGGGGGCGGUAGGUGGGAGCCUCAAGCCACAGCGAGGUGUGGACUAAUUUAACAUAGGGGAGAUUUUUAUUAUUAUUAUUAUUAUUAUUAAUAGUUUGUAACUUGGGUGGGGAGCUGGGAGUGUGUGUGGUUUCUGCCCAUCACCCCGUGGGGAGCCAGCAGCCCCACACUGCCUCACCCCCCUUAAUAAACAUUUUGCUGCUCCUA